AGACGAAUUCCACUGAAAUUCUUCCAAAAGUUUCGUUUACAAUGGUCCGCUGUCAUUCAUCAGUUCAAGUGUUUUUUUCGUAUCUUGUGUUUUAUGAGGCGAGAAUCUUAGGAUUUGCCCAGAAUGACAAUUUACUCGAUAUUCUAAAUCACAAGUUGCUGGUGAUUAUGCCGAAAUUCCAAGUUAUUUUCAGCUGAUUUGCUGAGUAUUAUUUACAUCUCAAAAGUUCGAACCACUCUCUCUGAUCAUGGCAACUCAACCAGACACUUCAUCCGCAAACUUCAUUUGUAAAUCAUUGCUUGCUGGAGGUGUUGCAGGAAUGUGUUCAAAAACAGCAGUGGCUCCUCUGGAUAGGAUUAAAAUUCUUUUGCAAGCCCAUAAUAAGCAUUACAAACAUUUAGGAGUUUUUUCCGGCUUGAAGACUAUAGUUGAGAAGGAAACGUUCAUUGCUUUAUACAAAGGAAACGGAGCACAGAUGGUCAGGAUAUUCCCGUAUGCUGCAACUCAGUUCACAGCCUUUGAAAUCUACAAAAGGACAUUCACCUCAGUCCUUGGAAGUGGGUCUCACAUAGCCAAAUUUUUUUCUGGAUCGGCUGCUGGUGUCACUGCUGUCACAUUAACUUAUCCUCUUGAUACAAUCAGAGCACGCCUGGCCUUCCAAGUCAGUGGAGAACAUGUCUACACAGGAAUCAUCCAUACCGGUGUCAGCAUAUUUAAAGAGGAAGGUGGUGUCAGAGCCUUAUAUCGAGGAUUUGUGCCCACACUCUGUGGUAUGGUGCCAUAUGCUGGGUUUUCUUUCUAUUGCUUUGAAAUGUUGAAGUUUUUCUGUAUGAAGUAUAUUCCAAAUAUUACUUGUACACCCUGCAAGAGGAAUACAGGUGGUUUGGUAUUAAUUGUGCCCGCAAAACUUCUUUGCGGCGGUGUAGCAGGAGCUGUAGCCCAGAGCGUUUCUUAUCCACUCGAUGUUACACGGAGACGAAUGCAGCUAGCAAUGAUGAAUCCAGACACACAUAAAUUUGGGUCAGGAAUGGUUCAAACCCUCAAAGCAAUCUACAAAGAAAAUGGUGUUUUUCGUGGCUUAUAUCGUGGUAUGAGCAUAAAUUAUCUACGUGCAAUACCAAUGGUUGCAGUCUCGUUUUCAACCUAUGAAUUGCUGAAACAAGCGCUCCAGUUGGACACUGGCAUUGACAUUAAAACUGGCUAGAGCAGGUGAAGCUAAAAUUGCAUUAGCAUCGGAAGAAGGAUGCUGUUCUGUAUCCAUAGCCUAAUUUUCUACCAAAGUGAAAUUUAAUUUGAUAUUUCAUCCAUCUAUUCUGUUCUUUUGAUAAGGCUUAUUUUAAGGUUAAAGGACGUCGGUGGAGUUAUAGCAUUUUUUAUGAAUCUCUGGCGCAUGCGCACGAAUCAAAUGAUAGUAAGUUAUUCUCUUUGAAUUUUGUGAUAUACUUGUUUUGAAUCUGAUUUCUUAACGUUUUACUAAGGUAUAAUGAUCGGAUCAACCAGAAUUUAAGAUUGUUGAAUUUUUUAAUUUUAUCAUUAUUUGUAUUCAUACUUGUUUAGUUCUUCUUUUUAUUUUAUUCAUUUUGUCUAAGGAAACUUUAUGCAUCCUUAGGUGGGGUCCAUCAAUUUUCACGGCUUGGAAAUGUCCCAACAAGCGAUUUUUCUGCAAUUUUUGGUGGAAAAUCAACACUCUUUCACACAAAAAGAAUAAAAAAAAUGGCUCUAAUUAAAAUGAUUGCUCCUAAUGAGCUGUAAGCCGACAGUCCACAAGCCAUGAAUCUGGCUGCAUGAAUUUUGCUCUUUGGAUACUCAUUUUUUGAGAAACCCUGAUUUGUGAAUUUCUUCAAAGUAAUUAAAAACCAUCCUAAAAACUCAAUUCAGAAGCAUUUUUCAAGAAAUAUUGAGUGUUUAGAUGCCAUCUACCUUAAUGCAUGUUGAACAAGUACAAGUUAGUUAAAUCAUCAUGAGGUUAAGAUAACAAUUAUAAGGAAUAGUUACCUAUAGAGGUGGUUUAAUCCUGAAGGUUUGUUACAGUGUUCUUCACGGCCAGUAGAAAUGCAUCAACAGACAGAUGUAGUUUGCAACUUGCUAAACGUGUGGUUAAAUUGUUUUUGACAAAAUGAUUUGAGUGGAUACUAUGGGAAAGUAGCUCCUCCUAUACUGAGAAUUGUGGAAAAAUAUGGUAUAUCAUCUACUUUCUUUUCAGCUGCAAGUGACUAACAAGUUACAUUUUUUUAAUUUUUUUAUCGGUUGUUUCUUCUGUCAACAUGCUUGUGUCCUCACUGUCAAUUAAGAAAGCAUUUGCCACGAACAAUCUUUUUUCUUUGCAGUUCUCUGUAAUUUUUCUUUGUAUUUUUGAAAGAAAAUUCAUGGGUAUGAUUUUUAAAGUUUUCCUCCUUGCUCAAAAAUUUGGGCGCGGCUCAUAUUCUAUGUGGACCCACCUGGCAACUGCCAAAAAUAACAUCAUGAAAAUGUUGCAAAAAUACUGCUACAACGUUAAUUUUGACAGUAACAUUGCAACAAAAUUUUCGCAACCACCUUUUGCCAGGCAGGUAGAGUUUUUUUAAAUUAAUUCUUCAAGACUCAUAGUUUCUGAAAAUGUAUGCUAAUUUAUUUUUAUUAUUAACAAUCAAUUUUUUCUUCCUUUUGUAAAUGAAGUCUCCGUGAAAGGAAGUGCUCAUUUAUGAAGAUGAUUUUGUAUGCACUAUGAUAGAGUGCUUGAAAAGUGCACACAAUGAAUGUGAUUGAUUUGUAAAUAACCUUAUUGACAAGAAAAAAUUUGUACUUAAAAUGAGAUGAUAUUUUCAUCAUUAUUUUAUCUUAUUAUUUAUUAUUUAUCACCACUAGGUUCUUCUUCAAGAUUUGUCAAAGCACACUCGGAUUCUUGUUAUUUGACAAUAGGAUAAUCCUAGAAAUUACAUAUCUGUUAUAAAUCUAUGCCAUCAUUCUCAAUUAGAUUAGCAAAAACUUAAAGGAUCCAUCCAAAUUUCAAUUUUCUACGUCCAAUAUUAACGGAAUUAUUGCCCAUGGAAAAACACAAUGCUCGACAUCAUCUUUCGCAGUAGUGCAUAUCGAUGUCUUUACCACCUUGCUCUUGCAUGUUUUUAAUGGUAAGCAAUCAUAGUGCAAAUGUGUGCAUCACUGAUUUACGAGUCUCAGGUGGAGGAAAUCAUAGUUUGCCUCAUGGUGGUGGGUUAUGUUGUACAUGGUACUUUUCGAUGGAUAUCUCCAAUUAAUAUUGAAUGUAGAAAUCUGGCAUUUAGACUGAUCUUGUUAAUUUUUUCUUAUACAUAGGCUCCACCCAUCAUGCACAAUUCUAAAACAAGCGUAAUUGACUUAUUAUCUUUACACCAGUGAAUUGUUGGUUCAACGCUUGUCAGUCAGGGUAAUGAGUAUCAUUGUCAUUUCUUUUAUAUUAUAGUUGUUAAUUGUUUUGUCAAUUGUGAUCUGUAUUUCAAAUUAAUGUUUCAGUCAGAGAAGACCAACAAUUGAUAAAGCCUGUCUGAGUGAAUGUCAUUUGACCAACUGCUGACCGAUGAAUGUUAUUUAAUACACUUAUUUAAAAGUUUGAAUAUCAGGACCCAAGAUAACAUGUUGGCAGUUGAAAUUUUUCUUAUUGAUUUAACUUGGUAAUUUACCAAACCAAAUACCAAUAUUUGGUAGUUAUUCCAAUCUGAAUGAAGUACCCCUUUAAAUGCAGAUGCCUCUGACUAAAUAUUCAUUUAUCUUUUUCUCAUUGAGUGCAGGGCCGGAUCUAGGGGGGGGCAAGUGGGUGCACGUGCCCCGGGCGCCACUUCAGGGGGGGCGCCAAAAUGGCAAUGACGUUUUUUUAGAAAGGAGGAGAGAGGGUGGGAGGGUGUGGAGGGGGGAAGAGAGGGGGAAGAGGAGAGGGAGGUUACGAACAUCGAAACAGGAAUACAUACAUACGAGUCGCUUUCAUAGCGCUCUCUGGCGCUUUACGACGCCUAAUCGCCACAAAGCUCAAAACAGGAAUAACAUUAGAAAAAAGGGGCGAAAUUUGUCAGUUUUCAUAUCUUCUGAAGAGCACCUGAAAGCUGAAGUCAAAGUCAGCACUGAGCAUAAGGCGUCAAGAUUAAAGGUAUGGAUUGAAAAUUCCAAUAUUUUUAAUGCAAACGGAAUCGUUAAAUGAAUUCCGAUGGGUUAACGAGGCUAACUCGGGGGUGAAAAAGGCGCUAGAUUUAAGGAAA